AUCCUCCAGCUGAUCGAGCAGUCACCUCGGAUCACCCAGCCCCAGCAGCGGCCUCCAUUUUAACUCCGACACCGAGCCAUACCUCACGUGUCCUGGGCUGUCUCUCUCACAUGACCCGAGUGUUUGUUCCCGUGAUCAGCACUUCCAUCUCCGUCUGUGACACCGAAUAUCACUUUUUAUUUGAACCCUGAUGGAUAUGCUUGAACAGAGUCUGGACACCGCAAGCCAAGAAAAGCAAGACGAAGAGGUUGUCCAAGCAUCAGAGGACGGAACAGGAGAAGAGCAGACGGCUGUUACAAUAGCCAGUGUUCAGCAGGCUGCAUCGUUUGGUGACCAUAACAUACAAUAUCAGUUCCGCACUGACGGUGCACAGGUGACAUAUCGUGUUGUUCAGGUGACUGACCAGCACCUUGAGGGAAGAGAUGAUGCAGGAGGAGCAGUGAGCGUUGUCUCAACAGCUGCAUUCACUGGGGCUCCUCAGGCUGUGGCUCAGGCUGUGAUCCAAAACCCUUUCAGUAAUGGAGGAAGCCCAGCAGGAGAGGCAGUGGGAGGGGAGACCCGCUUUGCUUACUUCCCUGCUACUGCGGUGAGCGACGGAACUGUGUCUGUGCAGGCCACGGCGGACCCUACACUCACACAGGCAGGGGGUCAGUUUUAUGUGAUGAUGACCCCCCCUGAUGUCAUUCAGACAGGCACACCACGAACCAUCGCCCCACGCACACAGCCCUAUCCUGCAGAUGAAAACGAGCUGCUGCAACACGAAGGUUUAAACUGGAAAAUGGAUGGACCCCGAACACCAAGAGAUGAAAGGAGAAGAGCGCAACAUAAUGAAGUUGAAAGGCGGCGAAGAGACAAGAUCAACAACUGGAUAGUUACGCUUUCCAAGAUCAUCCCAGACUGCAGUAUGGACAGCACCAAGACCGGAGCAAGCAAAGGAGGCAUUCUGUCCAAAGCUUGCGACUACAUCCGUGAGCUGAGGCAAAGCAACCAGCGACUGCAAGAGAGUCUGAAGGAAGUGGAGAGGAUACAAGUGGACAACGAAUUGUGCAGGCAGCAGAUUGAAGAACUGAAGAAUGAGAACGCGUUGCUCCGAGCGCAACUCCAGCAGCAUGGCAUCGAGAUGGUUGGAGAGACUCCACCGCAGUGAAAGAGAUGAAAAGGACGGGGAGGAGCACCGCCACUCAGACAUGUAACUGACACGUUGGAAAAUGAGGCAAGAUGUUUAAAAAAGGACUUGUGGAGAAUCACUUUCUUUUUAGUGAAUGCAUCCUUCCCUGGGUUUCCAGGUCGCAAACCCUUCACUAGCCAAUGUGGCUGCACUUGACUGUUACAAUCCUAUUGAGAUAACCACCUGUUGCAACUCAGUAGAAGUGUUUUCUGACAGAAGAUGUCCACUCACCUCCAUCAGAGUGCUUUACGAGCACUAGCUAUGAAAACGAACCUCUGCUGAACUCCUCCCUUGUUUUGUAUUUAUGUAGCUUCUCUCAUGGACUGUGAUGUUAAUUUUUGUUCCCUGUCAGUGUACUUUUUCUCCCCCAAAUAUUAAUGUUUGACUUAGUUCAUGCUUGUAUUCUGUUUGUGUUUUUGAGUUCUGUAUUAAUAUGUUGUUUUUAGCUCCUUUAAUUUAUUAGUCUGCUUGCUUACAGAAGCCUUGAUGGAGACCAGUUAGCUGAAACUCAUGCACCCCAGAGAAGCCGAUUGAAUUUUAAAUGAGAAAACAUUAAAGUAUGCAAAAAAGACGUGAUUUUACACACAGAAAUAUAGUGUCAUACAUAGAUUACCUAGACCCAAAGACAAACAAAGAGCUGAGGAGGUCAGUGCUUCAGGGCUGAUUUAUGUAAAUAUGACUUCUCAUGUUUUAAUACAGAUGUUACAGGAUGUUAGAGCAGAUUAUCUCUGGGAGUCAACAAUCAAUAACUCAUUAGCUCAUUCUUGCCCUUUGUCAUAGUUAUUUCCAUGAAGUGUGUGCAAUCUUGAAGCUUGAUUUGGAAAAAGAAAUGUGGUUUACUUGAAUUGUUGGACAUUUGCUUAACCAGAAAAACAAUUCAAAAAUAGAAUGUGUUAAGAUCCAGCUGUUCAGAUGAUAUUUAAUUACCACAGUUAAAUAUAGUGUGGAAGAUGCAGACAUAACAAACUCGACACUUUUGACCGUGGACUGGGGGAAGAGUGCGGUGAAAAUCCCAACUUUUACCAAAUUAUAUUUAGGUACUGUGGGUUUAUUUUCAUCUUUUGUUAGUGUGUGAUUUGCCGGUGUCUCAAUACAUGUAGGAAUUAUCCCCACAUGUUUCAUUUCAAGCUGUUUGCUCUAUUUUGGUAUUGCAACGCUUCAAAUGGAGCUCAGUGCACAAGAGGGGGAGGCACCCUGGAGAGCAGUACUCAAAGACUCUGCUCACUAUGGAAAAGGAAUACACAGAAAUUCUGUGUCGCACUUCAUAGCUGAGCACAACUCGCUCUCCAUGAAAAGACGGAAUAGUUGGGAAGUGGGAAACUUGGAAAUGAUCUCGGCAAUUUCUCCACCCACUCAGGCAAACAAUAAGUACACUGCAGUUGGUUAUACAAACAGCAAAAGCUAAUAUUAACAUUGUUGAUGAUUCUGUGAAUGAAUAUACAUGAUGUAUUUUUGUUCCGCUUUGGGCAAUGUGAGUGAAAGUGGAAGGGAGAUAUCAAGCUUCAGCGCCACUUAUUAGAGCACAAUUGCUUUUCCCUGUAUCAACAGCUCAGGAUCCAGCAAAGCAAAACCAACACUCAGACCCCUGGCAAAAUCAGGCAGACUAUCACAUUUUAAUAUCUCAGACUCUGUAAGUUAACAGCUUGUGCUUUGGAAGUGCUCUUCUGCUACAACUGCUAGAUUCAAACCUGAUAGGGAUAGUGCAAGUGUCUGAUCUAUCAAACGAGGCUUCUAGCCAAAGUUGAAUGAUAGAUGUUUUGCAGUAGAAUUUUUUUACACCUCAGUGAGAGGAGAGCAGAGAAUGCGAAAGAGAAGACAUGAAUAAUGCUUUGGAAGAUUGAUGUUCACAAAUGAAAGGUCAUUCGUGGCUAAUUCUUUUUUCUUGCGUUUCUUUUUUGAAAUGGCAAAAGGAAGAAAAAAGACUUUUUUUCUCUGUGUAGCAGCCUCACUGUUCUCAGGUUAGAGACAUCUUUUGUAAGUAAAAUGGUGGAAAAUAAAAAUUUCACUAGCUAAUAA